UCUCGCGCUGUUUUGGUCUCUCUCCCCGGCUCGCUCCCGUUCUCUCGGCCGCCCUGCUGGGAAUCCCCUGAGAGACCCGCAGCUCUCGCGAGAUGUAGAGGAGCGCGCGGCCGGCCGAGCGCAGCAGCGGCGGCGCGGGCGCGAGGCUGCGAUGGGGCUGCAGGGGGUCAAGGCCGUGUUCUUCGACUUGGACAACACGCUCGUCGACACGGCCGCCGCGGGCCGGCGGGCCAUACAGGAGGUAAUAAAUGUCUUGCAAUCAAAACAUCAGUGUGAUGAAGGAGAAGCUCACAUGAUUUGUGAUAAAGUCCAAGAAAAACUCCUCAAAGAGUGUCAUGAUCCAGCUAAGGUAUGCAUUACUGAUUUAAGGAUCUCACAUUGGGAAGAAGCAAUACAAGAAACAAAGGGUGGUGAGGCUAAUCGAAAUCUGGCAGCAGAAUGUUAUUUCCUGUGGAAAACUACACGCCUCCAGCAUCUAACCCUAACAGAGGAUACAAGAAGCAUGCUUACUGAACUUCGAAAAAUGGUCCGCUUGCUUUUAUUAACUAAUGGAGACAAACAGACUCAGAGGGAGAAGAUUGAAGCGUGUGCCUGUCAACCAUACUUUGAUGCCAUUGUUGUGGGAGGAGAACAGAAAGAAGAGAAACCAGCACCAUCUAUAUUUCUUUAUUGUUGUGAUCUACUAGGAGUACAGCCUUGGGACUGUGUGAUGGUUGGUGACUCACUAGACACAGAUAUUCAAGGAGGCCUGAAUGCAGGUUUGAAAGCAACUGUCUGGAUAAAUAAAACAAUGACAAUGCCAGUAAACACUUCCCCAGUACCUCAUUAUAUAAUUUCUUCUGUUCUUGAUCUUCCAUCGCUCUUACAGAAUAUGGACCACAAAAUGCAUGCUAACUUAGAAACCAAUAAGAUGGUUAGUAUUAAUGACGUACAUGACCGUGCCAAUGUAGAAUCGAAGAAUUUCUAAGUCCUUAGCCUGCUAAUGUUUUUGUUGAAAGUUUGGCCCUAAAAUCUUACACAUGUAAACAUGUUUACUCACACAUCCACUGUUUGAGUAAGAGUAUAUUUAUGAGUGGAGUUCAGUAGAAGAAAAGUAUUAAAUUGAAUCUUGUUAUUGAUUGAAAUUUUUGGAAAAGAAAUGAAGCAUAAGUGCAAUUAUCUUAAAUUUAUGCUCUACUUCUGGAAAUUACUGAGAGACUUUUUAGUAUAGGUCAGAGACAACCAUGCUUAUCAGUCUUUUGCUUUUGCAAUGAAAAAGGAAAAACUCCAUGGUUUUGAUUUUCAUUUUGGUUUGCUGGCUUACAUAUUUAGCAGGAAUUUCAGUCAUAAAAGAUUGUGGUGUAUAAAACAGUAGAAGGUGGAAGAGAGAAUAUGGUAGAAUUCUAGGUUCUUCACAGUCUAAUCUAUAGAUUUCUCAGUAAGGAUUAAAAUGAAUUUCCCCAUUUGAAAAAGUGAUUGGAUCUAGUACAUAAAGCAGCCCUUUCUAAAAUUUUUGACUUUGCUUUUUGAGCAAACUUAUUGACUUUAAUUUUGGAAGCUAGUGACUAUUUUCACAAAUUUCGCAGAGACUGUUCUUAGAUAAGACCCAAAUCCCUGUCAGAAAAAUACAUAUAUGUACACUUCAAAGCUUGCAUAUGUAUAGGGGACCAUUCAUCAGCAGGGCUUUGUGGAUAGAGUUUUGUUUUAAUCACAUACAUGUGUCUGCACUAAAACAGUAUUUGUAAUGCAGAUUAUGAUUUACAUUGCACUGUAUUGUGAGUUAACUGAUUUUUUUGGACAUUUGCAAUGUUCUUUGCUCAGUUUUGUCUAAUAUUCUUAAAGCUUAUGCAAUUGUUCUGUUUGGUUUUAUUAGUGAAUUUUGAUCAAACUUUGGUCUUGUUGGCUCAGGAAGGUGCAGGGGUCUACCCACUUGGAGCCAGUUACAGGAUUGGAGCCUUUCUGACUACUAAUUCCAUUGCUGUAAAACCUUUCCAAAUUCUAGCUUCUACAUGUACUUCAUCGUACUCACUUUGAAAAAUUGUGUACUACUAAAAAAAUAAGUGGUUUGCAUGACUUUUCCAGGAACUUGAAUUCCAGUAUAGGAUGUAAUACUGGAUAAACAGCUUCACGCUGUACACUAUUGACACUGGAUUUAGAAGAUUACCCUGUUUAUGCCGUAUUAUAACACUACUCUUCCUCCACAAAUUUAUUUAAUUUUGCUGUACUUAAUUUCCCUCCUUACGAAACACCUCUUUUUUAAAGAAUGUAACUUCUCACACUUCAAAAAUAUGAACUUUUGGGAGUAUCACAUUUUAAUUUUCAUAUUUUUAGAAAUUAGGAUUAAUACAUUUAUUGGAAGCAUUGCACAUUAACACCCAUGCCUGUGUUUACACUAGGUCAAAUAUCUGUCAUUAUGUGAUGGAUCACAAAUGUCAUGUUUUAAAAAAUGAUCAUCACAAUUGAUAGUUAUACUUUGGAUAUGUUUGCGAGUUAGGAUAAAAACAUUUCAGACUUGGAGAGUCACAGAACACCAUAAAGCAAGGAAACCUACCAGAAGGUGUAGAAGGACAUGUCUACAUGAGAACACUGCAUCAGUCGAACCUAAGGUUUAAAUUUAAACCUAUUUUAAACUUGUGCAGUGCCCUGUAUAGACUUAUUUUGGUUUAAAUGAGGCUUUUUUGGUUUAACUUAAAUUGAUUGGUAACAGAGGAAAGCUAAAUCAAAAUGUCAUCCCUAAACUGAAAUAAGUGUCUGUGAAGGAUUUUGCACUUUAAAUUGAUUUGUAAAAGAAAAGUUAAACCAGUUCAAUUUCUUCAUUUAGACAGUGCUAAGGAAGGACCUCAAGGAGCAAACUGCCAGAGCCAUACAGAACAAUCAGUUAAGGAAAAGCCUGCACCACCUAAGUCUUUAACAUAGUUAUGAGCAAAAAUUAAGAAGGAAGGCGAGGCCUAAAAUGGGGCUUAUAUGAACAAUAAAAUGUAUCCAAAAGGUUAAAUAGUGUCACCGAGUAUUCAAAGUUUAGGCUGUUGGCUUGGUUCUGUAAAUGAAGACUGUUUAAUAAUAAUAAAAAAAAACUGUUUACCACAGCCUCCCAAGAUUUAUUACACUAAAAAUCUAUUGUUUGUAUAGCACCCAGGAGAAGGAAAGCCCAGUCUGAUAAGGGCCUCUGAGUGCUAGUGUAAUAAAAAAGAAUCCAUAAUUAUGGGAUGAGGCUCUGGACUGCAGAUGUCCAUGGAGCCAUAAGGCCAGAUCCUCAACUGCUGUAAAUUUGUUUUAGCUCCAUUGACUUCAACUGAACUACAACUAUUUAUACAAGUUGAGGAUCUGUCUAAUACUUUUUCUUGCCAAUAAUGCAUCAUUCUGCCUCAGGCUGCUGCGCCUGCUGGCGUAUUUAUUGUCUCACUCUGCUUUAGAGAGGAACAUUGUUAUUUCUGCUUUGCACAUGGUCAGUGUCAAAUUAUCAAAAGAAGAAAGCAUAGUAACUGCAUACUCAGCUACAUAGGGGCCACACAAAUAUUUUUCCUUCAUUGCUGAGUACUGUACCAGGAUACAUGUAGCUACCGGUCUGCACUUUAGCUACUAUUAAUUAUUACUAUGCUGCUAUAAAACGAGAAAAAUGUAGAACAUAUUUUUUUUUUCCUAUCUAAGGUACUUUCAGAGUAUCAGUCAUCAUAUCUAGCUUAUCUGCAUGUCAAACUAGCAGGCUGGUUUUCUUGAGAUUGAUUUUUUCCAAAAUGCCAAUUGAAAGAAAGAAAACAGCUGGAUCAUUUUUAUGAGAAAAGCAACAAAACAGGACAGUGUAACAGUCUGUAUUCAGUGGAUUUCUGGUUUUGCCAAGUCUUUAUUAAUAUAACCAGGCAAUUAAAAAACAAUAAAAAGGUUCCUUUAAGAUAUACUGUCAAAAUAUAGUAAAAUUCCACCUGCACUUUUACUAAAAAUGUUUACUUUGGGAGAUAGUUUCUUACGGGAGGCAUAUUCUGAAAUAGUUUGAACUGUGAAAUUUUGAUUUUUGUGAAAUGCUAAUCUGGAACAUUUGGUUAACAUUGAUAAAUGACAUGCUUUGGGUUUUGAAUUGUUAAUUUAAAAUAAAUGAUGUACUUGUCAAAUAAAAUCUCCUGUUUUUAAAGCA